AUGUCGGGCCUGGUUGGGGCAGAUAAUCGAUUCGGCCGCGACUUCAAUAACCCAGAUGCAGCAUUGCAAGGAGACAUAGUCGCCCUAUACGAUAUCGGUUGCAUUAUUGGAUCCAUUGUGGUGUUUUUCAUCGGCGAGAGGCUUGGGCGUCGUUGGAUGCUGAUGGCUGGUGGGACCAUCAUGAUCUUGGGUACUGUCAUUCUGGCAACUUCCACUACAGUUGCACAACUGAUUGUUGGUCGGAUCGUCACCGGUGGAAAUGGUAUGAAUAGCAGUACUGCUCCUGUCUACCAGAGCGAGAGUGCACCAUCCAAUAUCCGAGGCACUCUCCUGACUCUACAGGGAACCAUGACCAUCCUCGGACUUUGCAUCGCCUACUGGCUCGACUACGGGACCAGUUUCACAGAUUCUUCGUUGCAAUGGCGCUUUCCGCUUGCAUUCCAAGCUGUAUUUGCCAUUUGUCUGGUUGUUCAAGUGAUUGGACUUCCCGAAACCCCCAGAUGGCUCAUGAAGAACGACCGCUAUGAAGAAGCUCGGGACGUAAUUGCGGCAAUCAAUGAUGUUUCCCCCGAUGACCCUUUGGUCAUUCAAUCGUUGGCCGACAUCGAAAAGGCGGUUCACGAGGAUAUCCAAGGUGACCAAGUCGGAUGGCGAGACUUCUUUUCGCAUGGAAAACUGCAAAAUUGGAGAAGAUUGCUCUUGAUUAUCUUCAUUGAGAUCAUGCAGCAGUUUACCGGUUCUAACAUGAUCAACUACUAUGCCCCUACGGUGUAUACAGAUGCGCUUCACAUGUCCAGGAACAUGUCGAUGAUCUUGUCUGGCUGCACGUCGCUUGCUUAUCUCGUCGGCUCUGCUCUUCCGCUCCUCAUGAUGGACAAGUUUGGACGGCGCAUCCUACUCAUUGUAUCUGCAGCCGGGCUUUCUUUCUGCUUCAUGAUGGUAGCUAUACUUCUCUCCUUUGAUCAAGUGAAGGAUGCAUAUGGAGCCACUGCAUUCAUCUUCCUGUUCCAAAUUUUCUACGGUCUCGGGUGGCUCCCAGUGCCUUGGUUUUACCCAUCGGAGAUCAGUACAACUUCGCUUCGAUCAAAAAGUGCUGCAAUUGCAUCCGCGUUCAACUGGCUAUCUGUCUUCGCGGUAGUCAAGAUCACACCUAUCGCAAUUGAAAACAUCAAUUGGCGCGUUUUUGUCAUCUUCGCCGUUCUGAACUUCCUUUGGAUUCCAAUCGUAUACUUCUUCUACCCCGAGACAAAGGGGCUCGAGCUGGAAGACAUCAACUUGAUUUUUGCCAAGGGUGGCUUCACUGGUGGUGUCUUUUCGUCUGGAGGUCGACCCGUUGUUCCUCACCAGCACGCGCAAGAGACUGAGCUGGAAGGAAAGCAAGAAAGUGACAUGAUCGAGAAUGUGGAGCACCCUUGA